CUGACACACAAAAACAAAGUAUAAGGCGAAACAAACUACGCAAAAACAACACAAGAAGGAAGCCCUAUUUUUGUUUUGUGUACAAAAAAAAAACAAAAUAAAAACAGACAUGGGUGUGUGCCUAUCCUGCUGCGGCAACAGUGCCGAGGAAGCCAAUCUCAUGCCCUCACCGGAGGAGCGCCGCCAGCAGCAACUGGACGCUGCGGAAAAGCGUCGCCAGGAGAACGAGUCGCGUGGAAUUAAAAAUCCCGAGAACCUGCGCAGGCAGCAGCAGAAGGCAUUGGAGCAGGAACGUCGCGAACGGGAGGCGGACCGCCAAGGCCAAGGACAGCCCACCCUGAAGUGGCAGACUACUUAAGGCUACAGUGAAUGAAAUCCCCACCGCAGCUGCCUCUGUCCGGCUGCUUCUAAAGCGCUAGACGACGGACGCCCUUCAUCUUGUAUGACGCUAUCGAAGCUAUCCGGGUGCCAGGGUACAUUGCUUUUUGUAUAUCUUUAUAAAUUGUUUAUUUGUUAGCCAUCUUUGUACCUUAUCUAUUGUAUAUUUAUACACGUCUACAUCUACCUUCGAAGCACACUCCAAGUUUUUUUAAAAAGCGUUAAACUGUGUACCAAAUUACUACCAAAAAUAAAAAGACCACGAAAACUACAUCAAAGAACAAAAAAAAGUAUAUUCAUAUAA